GAUUCAUUUCUCGGUCGCGACGGCAACAUCCACCGCAGCCAAUAUAAAAGCUGCUACACCUUGGCGCACCUCACAUUUCUCCUCAUUCACUGUCAAGUUCAGGGUGGAAUAGCUUCCAUCGCAAUAUUUAUUUAUUUAUUUAUUUAUUUAUUCCUACUUAUAAGUGCCCCGUGUUGACCUGUGACCUGUGAUAGCACCAAAAUUAACUUUAAAAAAAAACCUAGUUGGAUAUUGUCCUGAGGAUCAGCUAACAUUAAAACACAGAUAUGAAGCUAGCUGUGGGGAUAUGCCUAUGUUGGCUUGUCACACUUUUGAUGGUGCUCGAUAGUGGUGUCGCAUCACCUGUGCCCAAAGAACCAACUGUUAAGGGAAGGCAAUCGCCUGUAGCUCCAGCGCCUGCAGUUGAUGAUGAUGACGACGAUGACGAUGAUGAGGAUGAUUUGGAAGAUGCUCUAGAUGAUGACGACGACGAUGAUGAUGAUGACGAUGUACCGGCGGGCAGUAGUGAUGACGAUGACGACGAUGAUGAUGAAGACUACUUUGAGCGUUUCUUCGAUGACAUCUUGGGAGAGGAUGACGACGAUGACGAUGAUGAUGUGAGCCCAUCGACUGGUAUCCAGCAACCUGCUCCAGCUGCCCCAGCGGCUCCACUUGAACCCGCACCAGCCGUUGAUUAUACCAACGAAAUUGAAGGUGGACCCGUUCUCUAUGAUGAAGAUGAAGCUGCUGCCGAAGGUGUUGAUGUCAUUGCACCAUCACUUGAACCCAUUGAGGGUGGCGUAAAGGACCCCGCUGAGAAUCCCGUGCCCGUUGCAGCCGUUGAAGAGGAUGACGACGAUGACGAUGAUGACGAUGAGGAAGAUCUCGAGGAUGCCUUGGAUGACGACGAUGAUGAUGAUGACGAUGACGAUGAUGACGAUGAAGAUGACAUUGUAAUCGAUGCGAGAGGAAAAUCACAUGGCGCUGAGACGGCACGUGGCGCCCCCUCGCUGACUGAUUCACAGCAACUCAAUCAACUCGUCGAUGGCGUCUUUCGUCGCUUCAACACUCUGCUGAAGAAGAACUACGAUCCCGUCACUGUACGCCUGUCUACACUUGCAGAGCUCAAUGAGCGUCGUCGUGAGAGUCUCAAAGCCACGGGAGCUACGAAAACCACACAGAAGGACACGAAGAAGAAGAAAAAGAAGAAGGGUGUGAAGAAGGGCAAGAUGGCGGCACCCAAAGCCAAAGCUUCCCUCCAUGGACUGGCUACGUUGGAGCGUACGGGGGAUGCUCGGGCAAAUUUCCGCCAAAUUGACAAUGCCAACGUAACAAUGGUCAAAGCCAAGUUCCACCUGGGUCCAUUGAGGCUGCGUGUUGAGAAGGUAUUCGGACGCGGUACGAAGAGAGAACUUCGCAGCGCCACCGCUACAACAACCCAAAUGACCGGUCAGAUUAAUCUGCGUGUUGCCAAUGAGACGGCAGUUUUGCACUCAAUUCGUGUGCAGCAGCCGCGUCAGGUGCUCGUGGAGGGGAAUGCAAAGGGGGGCGUAAGGAAGGGAGACUCCAACAUUGCGCAUCUAGCUUCCAGCAAGCUUCGUGCUGCAGCCAGGGCAUUGCUGUCGAAUGUACCCCUGGGUAAAUGGAGCUUCAGCAUGUAGAGAGAGGAAGUUUUGACGCAAUAAAAAUGAUAUCAAGACUUUAAC